AUGCUCUCAAGACAAAUCUUAAGAUCUGCCACUAAAUUGGCCGUUGCCAACACUUCUCGUGUUGCCUUGAACAGAGUUGCUCGUCCAGCUAUGAUGGUUGCUGGCCGUCGUUUCGCCUCUGCCAAGGCUCAACCAACCGAAGUUUCCUCUAUCUUGGAAGAAAGAAUCAGAGGUGUUUCUGAAGAAUCUAACUUGAACGAAACCGGUAGAGUUUUGUCUGUUGGUGAUGGUAUUGCCCGUGUUUUCGGUUUGAACCACAUCCAAGCUGAAGAAUUGGUUGAAUUCUCUUCUGGUGUUAAGGGUAUGGCUCUUAACUUGGAACCAGGUCAAGUCGGUAUUGUCUUGUUCGGUUCUGACAGAUUGGUCAAGGAAGGUGAAACCGUCAAGAGAUCCGGUAAGAUUGUUGAUGUUAACGUCGGUCCAGGUUUGUUGGGUAGAGUUGUUGACGCUUUAGGUGCUCCAAUUGAUGGUAAGGGACCAAUUGAAUCCGUUGGUACUUCCAGAGCUCAAUUGAAGGCUCCAGGUAUUUUGCCAAGACAAUCUGUCUCUGAACCAAUGCAAACUGGUUUGAAAUCCGUCGACGCUUUGGUCCCAAUUGGUAGAGGUCAAAGAGAAUUGAUCAUUGGUGAUCGUCAAACUGGUAAGACCACCGUCGCUUUGGACACUAUUUUGAACCAAAAGAGAUGGAACGAUGGUUCUGAUGAAUCCAAGAAAUUGUACUGUGUUUACGUUGCCGUCGGUCAAAAGAGAUCUACUGUCGCUCAAUUCGUCCAAACCUUGGAACAACACGAUGCUCUUAAAUACUCUAUUGUUGUUGCUGCUACUGCUUCUGAAGCCGCUCCAUUGCAGUACUUGGCUCCUUUCACUGGUUGUGCUAUCGGUGAAUGGUUCAGAGACAAUGGUAAACACGCUUUGAUCAUCUACGAUGAUUUGUCCAAGCAAGCCGUUGCUUACCGUCAAUUGUCUUUGUUGUUGAGACGUCCACCAGGAAGAGAAGCUUACCCAGGUGAUGUUUUCUACUUGCACUCCAGAUUGUUGGAAAGAGCUGCUAAGAUGUCUGACAAAUUGGGUGGUGGUUCUUUGACUGCUUUGCCAGUUAUUGAAACCCAAGGUGGUGAUGUCUCUGCUUAUAUCCCAACUAACGUCAUUUCUAUUACUGACGGUCAAAUUUUCUUGGAAGCUGAAUUGUUCUACAAGGGUAUCAGACCAGCUAUUAACGUCGGUUUGUCUGUUUCCCGUGUCGGUUCUGCUGCUCAAGUCAAGGCCAUGAAGCAAGUUGCUGGUUCUUUGAAACUUUUCUUGGCUCAAUACAGAGAAGUCGCUGCCUUCGCCCAAUUCGGUUCCGAUUUGGAUGCCUCUACCAAGCAAACCUUGAACAGAGGUGAAAGAUUGACCCAAAUCUUGAAGCAAAAGCAAAACUCUCCAUUGGCCUCUGAAGAACAAGUUCCAUUGAUUUUCGCUGGUGUCAACGGUUACUUGGACUCUGUCCCAGUUGCCAGCCUCGGUAAAUUCGAAGAAGAAUUCUUGGCUCACAUGAAAUCUUCCCACGGUAAAAUCUUGGAAGCCAUCAGAGUUGAAGGUAAAUUGUCCAAUGAAUUGUUGGCUGAAUUGAAGUCUGCUACUGAAAGCUUCGUCAGCACCUUCUAA